AUGGAACAAUCAGCUUUCCUUGAGGGGCACAGUAUGUUGGAUAGCAUUGUGGUUGUGAAUGAACUCAUUCAUGAUGCUCAGAGUAGAAAAAAAGGGACUUUGAUCUUCAAAGCUGAUUUUGAAAAGGCUUAUGAUUCGGUUCGGUGGGACCUCUUGUUCUAUAUGCUCCGGCGGAUGAAUUUCCAUGAUCGUUGGAAUAAAUGGAUUAAGAGCUAUAUUACUUCUGCCAGAGUUUCAGUUCUUGUGAACAAAAGCCCUUUUAUGGAGUUUGGCAUGGAGAGAGGGUGGAAGCAAGGGGAUCCAUGUUAUAAACUAGGGAGGCAUGAGGAGGUGACGGUUUCGCUCCUACAAUUUGCGGAUGACACCUUGUUCAUUGGAGAAGGGUAUCUCCAAAAUCAACUUCCACAAGAGCAAGGUAGUCGGGAUAUUCAUAGAGACGAGGACAUGUCUCCAACUAGCUCAGCUUCUUAA